UUCUCUUAUGUAGCGCUUGCCCCGUAUAGUGAAAGGGGGGCGGGGGGCCUCCCCAGGGCUGCCGUUCCCCGCGUGCCUCAGUCUUCCCCGGCGCCACGUGCCAACCAGCCGCCUCGAGCACCGGCCACUGCUCGCUCGUCGUGGGAUUCCAGAAGGACACAAGCCGCCAUGGCGCACUCAGCAGCCUCGAUCCGGGUGGCGCUGCUGGUGCUCAUCGCCUCCGUCCUGAGCGCCGUGUUCACCUUCGUGUUCGUCGUGCCCUACUCGCCCGUCAGCCGCAGGAUGGCGGAGCCGCAAUCCCACGAAGAUCUGGAGAACAAUGCUGACAUUCCUGACAAUCCAUUGUCCCUCCACGAUCCACAUGAGGUUCACCAUGAAGGCGAGGCGGAGGAGGCGAACCGGCUGGCGCAGAAGGUGCGAGUCCUGUGCUGGGUCAUGACGCAGCCGGCAAGCCACGACAAGAAGGCGGUGCACGUCAAGGCCACCUGGGGCCGGAGGUGCAACAAGCUCAUAUUCAUAAGUUCAAAGAAUAAUGAGAGUCUGGGCGCCAUCGACGUGGGCGUGGAGGAGGGGCGCAACAUGCUGUGGGGCAAGACGAAGGCGGCCUAUAAGUACGCGUACGACCACCAUCUCCAGGAGUACGACUGGUUCCUCAAGGCUGACGAUGAUACGUAUAUCAUCGUGGAAAACCUGCGCUACAUGCUGAGCUCGUAUGACCCGAACUACCCCAUUUACUUCGGCUCCCGCUUCAAGCCUUUCACCAAGCAGGGCUACAUGAGUGGAGGUGGAGGCUACGUGCUGAGUCGGGAGGCUACGAAGAAGUUCGUGGAGGAAGCUCUCACGGACGAGAAAAAGUGCAAGAGCAGCCCUCAUGGCGCGGAGGACGCGGAGAUAGGGAAGUGCUUGGAGAAAGUGGGCGUGAUGGCGGGCGACUCGCGCGACAGCCUGGGGCGAGGCCGCUUCUUCCCCUUCACCCCGGGCACGCACCUCAUGGGAGGAAUACCCGGGUGGUACAAAACCUACGCUUACUAUAGUCCCUAUGUUGGACUCGACUGCUGUUCCGACACCGCCAUAUCCUUCCACUAUGUCAACACCGCCAGGAUGUACGAGCUGGAAUAUAUGCUGUACCACGUGAGGCCGUUUGGGAUCCAGCACAAGGAUCCCUUCCCGGCGCCCCUUCCCCCCGACACCGCCAGCAUACCCCGUCCGAUUCUGGAGCAGGCCGGUCGCCUCGAACCCAACGAGAAGGAUAACGGACCCGGCGUAGAGUAGCCUUGGAACACGAAGUGGACAAGGCGAGACAGCUGAAGAGGAAGUGGAGGGAAAAGCGGAAGGAGAUUACUGUAUAGACAAAUAAGGAUAAUUUAUGUAGUAGUGAUAGGUAUAUAUGUACAGUUUGGAUAUCUGUGAAGUAUUAUAUUAUUCAUGUACACUGAAUAAAAGAUUUUAAGUA